AUGGAGGCGGUAGCAGGUGCUCGGACGGCGGAGGAGCUGGCCAUGGCUUUGGAAAGGUCUGGCAGUACAGUGCAGAUCUUGCAGGCCACAUUAGCAGGAGUCAUUCCUACCAUGAUUGGCUGUGGAGCGUGUUUGGUUCUGUCCGCCGGCUAUCUUAGGCGGAAGAGGGAGAAGGGGGUACACAAAGCCCUCUUAUGCGCGGUAGCAGUACUGAGCAUGUCAUCAUGUAUAGUCCUCGCUGUCAACCUCCGCCAACUCUCAACGCAUAUUGACAGUAUGGCUGACGCGUACUACGGCGAUUCCAUCUCCCUGAUCUGUACCUUCUUCCUUACUGCACUAGCUACCCACCUAUCUCGCCUGCUGUUCAUCCACCGGGCAUACGUCCUCACCUCUCGACGUCUCCUCCGCGUCGCCCCCCUCCUCGUUACAGCACAUCUGGCGCUGUUCUCCCAAGUCGGGCUGGACAUCUAUGGCUUGACACAGCCAAAGUGGGACGCAAGGACGGCCGGGGCGGAGCUGGACGCCGUAAAGUCAUGGUGGAGCGCAUUGCUCGGUCCGAGAGCCAAAGUACAGGUGGUCUGGGGUAUGGUCAGCUUUGUGUGUGAUUUGAUGAUCUGCCUAUCCAUCAUUGUUGCUUUACUGCGCAUGCGGACCUUCCUCGAUCGUACAAAGGGCGUAAUCAACCGCUUUGCUAUGAUGAUCACACAGACAAUGCUCCCACCUAUGGUCUUGUCCGCAAUAUACGCCGCCGUCAUCAUCUCCAAUACCCAAGGUCCGGGAUCGUGGUUUCGCAAUAUCGCGGCGCUCCAGGCGGUGUUUUACUGGUUUGCGGUGGUAUGGACGCUACGCACUCGGCGAGACUUUGCCGCUAUGCUUGACCCGCCGACACUGUCGCCGCCGAUACCACAGGGCGCGGCUAUCUAUACCCCAGGCCACUCCCGCCCGCCAACACCGCGCGAUACCAGCCAUACCUUGGCGGAAUGUGGAGGUCUGAGCUCUACCCUUGUUCAUGGGAAGGGGGGAGAAGGAUUAUAUGAUGAGAAGGCAGGUAUAGGGGAGGCGAAGCUAGACGUGGAGAUCAGGCGAGCUCAGAUGACGGGGUCCUAUCAAGGGUUGUCAGAGGAGGCUCGUAACUUGACAAGAGACGAGGCUCUGCGAGGACGAGAACCAGAACUGCUGUACACGUAG